AUGGCCUCCUACGAUCCCUAUGAGCGACAAUAUCCUCGCCAAUAUGUUCGUGAAGAGCGCAGAGAACCUGUCCGCGACAAGUUUCUCGAUCCUCGCGACUUUCCCAAGACGCACUCGCACGAUCUAGUAGUUCCUCGCCAUGAUAGCGACCUUUCUGUGGAAGAAAUUCACCGCGACUUUCCACCCCCCUCGGUCAGAGAUAUGCGCCGUGCCCGCUCUGCCGGUCCCUGGGACGAUGACUACGGCCGACCGCGUGGCUACGGCGGCCAUGACCGCUAUGAUUCACGAUAUGACCAUAAACGAGACCAAGACUUCGACCGUCGUCAUCGUCAUGGUCCAAGCAGCAGCAGCUAUCAGGAAGAAGAGCGCAUCAAAAAAGAUAAGGCCAAGUCCAAGCAGGAAAAGAUUAUCGCAGCAGUCGCCGGCGCUGCUUUACUCGUUGGCGGAAAAGAACUAUACGAUCGCCACGAAGCGAAGGAGGGUAGCAGCGAUGUCCAUCGCAAUCCUCUCUCCUCGGCGGCUCUCGCUGGCUUUGGCGCUCUUGCUGGAUACCAGGGCGCCGAAUUCUACAGCAAGCAGCAGGCUAAAAAAGACCAAAAAGCCAACCUCCUUCUUCACCGGGGCCGAGAUGGCCAACUCAAUGAGUACUACUCUGAUGAAGAGGACGGCAAAGAGAAGAAAUCCAACAAAAAUUUCCUCGAGAGCGCCCUGGCUGCUACCGGUCUAGGUGCCGCUGUAAAGCAAUUUACAGGCGGCGGUGACGACAAACGCUCCCGCCGCGGCAGCCCCACUGGAUCCCGCGCCGGCUCCCGCGCCGGCUCUAAGGAACGUGGUGGUGGAGGUAACAAGAUUCAGAAAGCUGCCAUGGCCUCUCUGCUCGCCGGCGCCACCGAGGCCUUUCGCGUAGCCAAAGAGCCUGGUGGUUGGAGAGGUGAAAAGGCCAAGCGCGUGCUGACGGCCGCUGCCGGUGCUGCUACUGUUGAUGCUGCUCAAGGUGGCGACAAGGGCACUUUCGGUCUCGCCGAGUCUGUUAUCGGUGGUCUUGUCGGCAAUCGUCUCAUCAACGGCUCCAAGAGAGAUAUCGAGGAGGACGAAAAGACGGGCCGUAGCCGGUCUCGAUCCAGGGCUCGUUCCAAGAGCGGCAGCGGCGGCGGCGGCGGUGCCGGUCUUGCUGCACUCGCUACGGCGGGUCUUGGUGCCCUUGGUGCCAAGAAGGUUCUUGAUCGCUCCCGCUCCGGCAGCCACAGCCGUAGUAGACGAGCGGACUCUUAUGACUCCAGAGAUAGAUCUCCUGAUCGUCGCCGGCAGCGCAGCAGAAGCCGCAGUGUUGUCGAUCGUGCCCGCAACAGCCUUGCCAAGCUUGGGAUUGGCAGUGCUGGUGCUGGUCCUUCAGAUGACAACCGACGACGAGACCAGGAUGAUUUUGACGAUCGUGACCGCCACCGAUCCCGGCGCCACUCCGAUGAUUACGACGACAGAUAUCGCAGAGACGGCAGAGACGAGAGGGAUUACGCACGAGCACCUAGGGGCAGCCGAGACCGAUCCGUCUCUCAAUCUCGUCGCCGUGGAGGACGUUCCGACUACGAAUCUGACACGGACCUGGGGGACUCGGACGAUGAUGAAAGAAGGGCGAAGAAAAUGAGAGGUAAGCAAUUGAUCACUUCAGGUCUUGCUGGUGUUGCCACUAUUCAUGCUGCGCAUGAGGUUUUUGAGAAUUUGGAAAAGCGCAAAGCAAGGCAAAAGGCUGUCAAAAGUGGCCAACUAUCCAAGGGUGAUGCCAGGAAGCUGAAAACCAAGGCCUUGAUCAAGGAUGCCACAGCCGUGGGCAUUGCCGCGCUGGGAAUCAAGGGUGCCUUCACCAGUGUCAAGGAGGCCAAAGAGCUGCAGCACGAGUGUAAAAGCUUCCAGCUCGAAAAGGCCCGUCGUCACGAGAGGCGAGAGAAGCGCCGUAAACGCCAAGAAAUGGGGCCACGGCGUCGGUCCGGCAGUCUUCCUGCGCCACGAAAGCAGAGAUUGAUUGACUGGGAAGAUGACAUUCCUCGUUACGACGACGAGCACUACACAAGGCGCCCUGCAGCGCCGCCACUGCGACACCACGCCUUUAAGGAGCAAUGA